UCAUGAGUUCUGUGACAUAAGGGUGGCUUCUAGUUUUCAGCUGGCAUGAAUUAUGCUGCUCUGAACAUGAAGAUGAACAUCUUGGCGUGGACAUACGUUUCCUUUUUCUUGGGCAGAGAACUGAGAGUGGAGCACCUAGGUAUAUACUUUAUUGAUCUGAUCCAGGGUAUCUUGGAACUGCUGGCUGGAAUUAAGUAUCUCUGAAAAGGAGAUAAGUAUAGCACCUGCCUCCUAAAUUUGUAAGCAAGUUAUCCUCUGCUUUUUGAAAGUUCAUGUUACACCACUUCACUUUUAUGAGAAGACCUACACAUCAGCGCCUGUUUUUGCUAACCAAAAGAAACCUGAAGAGGAUUUUUGCUUUUACAAAAAAGAGACACACGAGAACAAGACCUUUCAGAGGCCAUCUGAACCCAAUUUGGGAUUCUUCAGCUUGUUGUCUCUAACCGAAGAAACAUUGAUUGGGAACUACUCAUUCAGAAAAUUAAAAGAUGAGAAAACUGAAGUUUGAAGAAUGCAAAUGACCUACCCAAGUCCCUCCACUAGGAAACGAAAGAAGCCAGAAUAUAUUAUUAACCCUUUGAGAAUACAACAUAACGAAUUUUACCAUUUUACUACUUCCUUGAGUAGGAGAGGUCACAGGGCAUUGAAGAAUGGCAGAUGAUCGGAAAGACGAAGCAAAGGCGCCUCACUGGACCUCAACUCAACUAACAGAAGCAUCUGCACACCCACAUCCGCCUGAGAUUAAGGAUCAAGGCGGGGCAGGGGAAGGACUUGUCAGAAGCGCCAAUGGAUUCCCAUACAGGGAGGACGAAGAGGGCGCCUUUGGAGAACAUGGGUCACAGAGCACCUAUUCAGAUACCAAAGAGAAUGGAAUCAACGGAGAGCUGACCUCUGCUGACAGAGAAACAGCAGAGGAGGUGUCUGCAAGGAUAGUUCAAGUAGUCACGGCUGAGGCUGUAGCAGUCCUGAAAGGUGAACAAGAGAAAGAAGCUCAACAUAAAGAUCAACCUGCAGCUCUGCCUUUAGCAGCUGAAGAGACAGCUAAUCUGCCUCCUUCUCCACCUCCAUCACCAGCCUCAGAACAGACUGUCCCAGUGGAAGAAGAAGAAGAAACGCUAGAGGGAACAAUGGCUGAGGAAGAGACACCUGCCACUCUUCCUGGGAAAGAGUGCGGGGCUGCCAAGGCCUCAGACCAACCCCAGGGCCUCAGUGAGGGCCCAGCGGAGUCUAGUGUGGAGGCCCACAUAGCUCCUGAAGAGAGUGCCCCAGCAGGGGCCCCACAGGAGAAAAGUGUAAAAGAGGUCACCGAGGUGUCUCCAGAAGUAACAAUCCCUUCCUCUGCCAGGGAAGGUUUAUUUCCAGCCUCGAAGAUGGAGUUCCAUGAUCAACAGGAAUUGACUCCUUCUCCAGCUGAGCCAUUAGACAAGAAAGACAAGGAGUCAGAGAAACAAAGUAAGCCUGGUGAAGACCUCAAACAUGCUGCCUUAGUUUCUCAGCCUGAGACAACUAAAACUUCCCCUGACACAAAGGACAUGCAAGGCACAGAAGAAGAAAGAGCACCUCCCACUCUGUUUGGGCAGCCUCUUGGUGCCGGGCUGGAAGACAUGAAACAGAAGACAGAACCGAGCCUAGUGGUGCCUGGUAUUGGCCUCUCUGCAGAGCCCCCCACUCCAAAAGAGCAAAAGGACUGGUUCAUCGAAAUGCCAACAGAAGCAAAAAAGGACGAGUGGGGUUUAGCUGCUCCCAUCUCACCUGGGCCCCUAACACCCAUGAAGGGAAAAGAUGUACUUGAGGACAUCCCAAAAUGGGAAGGGAAACAGUUUGAUUCUCCCAUGCCAAGUCCCUUUCAGGCGGGAAGCUUCACUCUUCCUUUAGAUGUCAUGAAGAAUGAAAUCGUUGCAGAAGCAUCACCCUUUGCCCCUGCCUUUUUACAGCCAGAUGACAAAAAAUUUCUGGAAGAAACCAGUGGCCCAGCACCUGCCAAAGAUAGUUCUAAAGCUGAAGAGCCCCCUAAGGAUAAACCCGACAAAGUGGCAGAAGCACCAGCCUCAGAGGCAACCACCUUACCCAAAGAUGCCCUCAUUCCAACUGUGGAAGAAGGUGUCCCAGAGAAAGUUUUGGGAGAGGAAAAAGGGGCGAUCAAGCCAGAGAGCGCACAGGAAAAAGAGCAGGAAGCUACACCUACUGACAAGGAGUCUCAGCCAAAGCUUGAAGAAAAAACAACCAUUUCUGACAAAGAAGCCAUGCCAAAAGACAGUGAGCCCCCAAAACUGACAGAUGGAGAAACAGGCAUCAUUCAGCCCUGCAUGGAGCACGCCCUCUCAAAAGAAGAACAGAAAGGCCAAGAGCCUACCACAGAUGCAUUAUUAUUCGCUGUCAGUUUGGAACAAGCAGUAACCGAUUCAGCCAUGACCUCCACGACCCUGGAGAAAGUCGUGACCGAACCAGCUGCAGCAAGUGAAAAGAGUGCAACCCAGGACCUUUUUGAAGAAAAAGUUGUGGACAAAGAUACUAAGGUUGAAGGGGCUGGGGCUGCAACAUCAGCUGAGCUUGACAUGCCAUUUUAUGAAGAUAAGUCAGGAAUGUCCAAGUAUUUCGAAACAUCUGCCUUGAAAGAAGAAGUGACAAAGAGCAUCCAGCCGGCCAGUGAUUACUACGAACUAAGUGACACAAGAGAAAGUGCCCUAGAGUCUUUGGAUACCGUAUCUCCCGUGUGUAAAAACGGCGACAAGGAACUUGAGGCAGGUAAAGAGCCCCAGCCCAGUGCUGCAGCGCAAGAGGCAGGGUACAGCACUCUUGCACAGGGUUAUCCUACCGAUUUACCCGAAGAACCCAGUUCUCCUCAAGAAAGAAUGUUUACUAUUGAUCCAAAAGUGUAUGGGGAGAAGAGGGAUCUCCACAGUAAGAAUAAGGACGACUUGACGCUAAGCAGGAGUCUAGGACUUGGCGGGAGGUCUGCAAUAGAGCAAAGAAGCAUGUCGAUCAACUUGCCCAUGUCUUGCCUGGAUUCCAUAGCCCUCGGAUUUAACUUCGGUCGGGGACACGAUCUUUCUCCUCUGGCUUCUGACAUUCUGACCAACACUAGUGGAAGUAUGGACGAAGGGGAUGAUUACCUUCCAGCCACCACGCCUGCCCUGGAGAAAGCCCCAUGUUUCCCGGUAGAGAGCAAAGAGGAAGAACAGCCGGAGGGAGAAAAGGCUCCGGGAGAGGACAAUGCUCCAGUCGAGCCAUCGUGUGAGUCCCCUUUCCUCGCCAAAGAUUAUUACAAAAAUGGGACCGUCAUGGCCCCUGACCUGCCUGAGAUGCUCGAUCUGGCAGGCACGAGGUCCAGAUUAGCUUCCGUGAGCGCAGAUGCCGAGGUUGCCAGGAGGAAAUCGGUGCCAUCGGAGACCGUGGUGGAGGAGGCCAGCACGGGCCUGCCCCCUGUCACCGACGAGAACCACGUCGUGGUUAAAACAGACGGUCAGCUGGAAGACCUGGGCUACUGUGUGUUCAACAAGUACACGGUCCCGCUCCCGUCGCCGGUUCAAGACAGCGAGAAUCUGUCCGGGGACAGCGGGUCCUUUUACGAAGGCCCCGAUGACAAGAUGCGGAGAGACCUCGCCACGGACCUCUCGUUGAUUGAAGUAAAACUGGCGGCUGCCGGCAGAGUCAAAGACGAGCUGGGGGCUGAGAAAGAGGUCUCCCCGCAUGUCCCUGGUGACAAGCCGGGGCCGGCUAGGGAGUCGGAGCAGGACAGGAAAGCCAGCGAAAAGCUGGAUACUGUCCUAGAAAAGAGUGAAGAACAUGCUGAUGCAAAGGAACACUCCAGGCCAGCGGAAGAGGCCAGCGACAAGGCCGACACGUCUGGAUUAGGAGCAAUCUCCGAGCACCCCCCGACCGCAGCAAAAGAUGCAUCCCCUCCUGCAGCGGAGACAGCUGAGAAAGGGCUCAGCUCAGUGCCAGAGGUCGGGGAGGUCGAACCUUCCAGGAAAGCUGCACCAGAACUGGAUUUUGUUGCAAAGAAAGCCGACCAGGGUCACGUGGAUGUUCACAUCAGCGACUUCGGGCAGAUGGCCGCGGGGCUGACCCUAGAUGGGGGACAGGAGACGGAGCUCCCCCCCGAGGUCGGGCAGGAUCUCGCCCCGUCCACGUUGGCGCCUCCGGGUGUCGAGUUUGGCCCCGUGAAGGAAGGCGCCCGGGCCAGCGAGACGGAGAUCAAGGAGAAGGUGGCCAAGCCUGACCUGGUGCACCAGGAGGCUGUGGACAAGGAGGAGUCCUACGAGUCCAGUGGCGAGCACGAGAGCCUCACCAUGGAGUCCUUGAAAGCCGACGAGGGCAAGAAGGAAACGUCCCCGGAGUCCUCUCUGAUCCAAGACGAGAUCGCCAUCAAAUUGUCCGUGGAGAUUCCCUGUGCACCUGCUGUCUCAGAGGCCGAGCUGGCCCCGGACGAGAGGGCCGACGUCCAGAUGGAAUUCAUUCAGCAGCCACAGGAGGACAGCAAGGGGACCCCAGAUAUCUCUGUCACACCCUCCGACGUCCCAGAGCAGGUGCCCGAAGCCGCCGGCAUCGAGCCCGCAGAGGCCCGGAGCGAGGAAGACGAGAUCGAGGCCCAGGGAGAGUACGACAAGCUGCUCUUCCGCUCUGACACCCUUCAGAUCACCGACCUGGGCGUCCCCGGGGUCAGGGAGGAAUUUGUGGAGACCUGCCCUGGCGAGCACAAAGGGGUGAUCGAGUCCGUGGUAACCAUCGAGGAUGAUUUUAUCACCGUGGUGCAAACCACCACCGACGAAGGGGAGUCAGGCGCCCACAGCGUGCGCUUCGCAGCCCUAGAGCAGCCCGAGGUGGAGAGGAGACCUUCUCCCCGCGCCGGAGAAGAGCUCCACCUCAAAGAGCUCCACGUCGAUGAGGCCGCCGAAGCCCAGGCCGAGCCCAGGGAUGGCUCCCCGGAGGCUCCAGCUUCCCCAGAGAGAGAGGAGGUUGCACUCUCAGAAUAUAAGACGGAAACCUAUGACGAUUACAAAGACGAGACCACCAUUGAUGAUUCCAUCAUGGAUGCUGACAGCCUCUGGGUGGACACUCAAGAUGAUGAUAGGAGCAUCAUGACAGAACAGUUAGAAACUAUUCCUAAAGAGGAGAAAGCUGAAAAGGAAGCUCGGAGACCAUCUCUCGAGAAACAUAGAAAAGAAAAGCCUUUUAAAACCGGGAGAGGCAGAAUUUCCACUCCUGAAAGAAAAAUAGCUAAAAAGGAACCUAGCACAGUCUCCAGAGAUGAAGUGAGAAGGAAAAAAGCAGUUUAUAAGAAGGCUGAACUUGCUAAAAAAACAGAAGUUCAGGCCCACUCUCCCUCCAGGAAAUUCAUUUUAAAACCUGCUAUCAAAUAUACUAGACCAACUCAUCUCUCCUGUGUUAAGCGGAAAACCACAGCAACAGGUGGUGAAUCAACUCAGGCUUCCAGUGUAUUUAAACAGGCGAAGGACAAAGUCUCUAAUUCUACUUUGUCAAAGAUUCCUGCCUUACAGGGUAGCUCAAAGUCCCCAAGAUGCAGCUCUGCUUGCCCUAGUACGUCUCAAAGGGCUACAUUUUCUGACAGUUUUUCCAUACAGCCCUCCUCCUCAGCAGGCUCCACAGACCGUUUGCCAUACUCAGAAUCAGGGAACAAGGAUGGAGUAACCAAGAGCCCAGAAAAACGUUCUUCUCUGCCCAGACCCUCCUCCAUCCUCCCUCCUCGUCGAGGUGUAUCAGGAGACAGAGAUGAGAAUUCCUUCUCUCUCAACAGUUCCAUCUCCUCCUCAGCACGGCGGACUACCAGGUCAGAGCCAAUUCGCAGAGCAGGAAAAAGUGGCACUUCUACACCCACUACCCCUGGAUCAACUGCCAUCACUCCUGGCACCCCACCAAGCUAUUCUUCACGUACCCCAGGCACUCCUGGAACCCCUAGCUAUCCCAGGACCCCUCACACACCAGGAACCCCCAAAUCUGCCAUCUUGGUGCCCAGUGAGAAGAAAGUUGCCAUCAUACGUACUCCUCCAAAAUCUCCUGCUACUCCCAAGCAGCUUCGGCUUAUUAAUCAACCACUGCCAGACCUGAAGAAUGUCAAAUCCAAAAUUGGAUCGACAGACAACAUCAAAUACCAGCCUAAAGGGGGGCAGGUUAGGAUUUUAAACAAGAAGAUCGAUUUUAGCAAAGUUCAGUCCAGAUGUGGUUCCAAGGAUAACAUCAAACAUUCUGCUGGGGGCGGAAAUGUACAGAUUGUUACCAAGAAGAUAGACUUAAGCCACGUGACAUCAAAAUGUGGCUCUCUGAAGAAUAUCCGCCACAGGCCAGGUGGUGGGCGUGUGAAAAUUGAGAGCGUGAAACUGGAUUUCAAAGAAAAGGCCCAAGCUAAAGUUGGCUCACUUGACAAUGCCCACCAUGUACCUGGAGGUGGUAAUGUCAAGAUCGACAGCCAAAAGUUGAACUUCAGAGAGCAUGCGAAGGCCCGUGUGGACCACGGAGCUGAGAUCAUUACACAGUCCCCAGGCAGAUCCAGCGUGGCAUCCCCCCGACGACUCAGCAAUGUCUCCUCUUCUGGAAGCAUCAACCUGCUCGAAUCCCCUCAGCUGGCCACUCUGGCCGAGGAUGUCACUGCUGCACUCGCUAAGCAGGGCUUGUGAAUAUUUCUCAUUUAGCAGCGAAAUAAUCAUAUUUAGGCAUGAGCUCUUGGCAGGAGUGGGCUCUGAGCAGGUGUUAUAUUCAUUCUUUACAAACCGUAAAAUAAAUAAUCUCAUUCCCAAACUGUAGUAAUUGUUACAAUUUUAUAAAAAACAAUGAAUAGUAUAUGCAGAAAUUGACUUGAUUUCCAUUUGCAACAGGAAGACACUGGCUUUACAUGAGUACAAUUGGACAAUUAUUUUUGCUCUGCUCUGUUUUGCAUGGAGUAUUAUUAUUUUAAAAAAUUGCAUUUUUACCUUUCAUGUGCCUGAAGGCUAUCCAUAAUACAUUCUGAAAGGCCUUGUUGAAAUCCAAGCUGCUCAUUUCACUAUUCUGUUGCUGGGUGAAAAGAUAAAAGCUGCCCAUUUUAACUUAUUACAGGUUAAAUUAAAUCAAGGAGUCUGAUUGCAGGAAGGAAAGAGCAUGUAAGAAAUAAGUUUUUUUUUUUUUAAAGUGUUAUUUUGUAUAAAUGGGAAGAAAGAUUCAGUUAAGUUAUUAACAUUUGGGACCUGGAUAAUUAUAUCAGAGUAUAAGUCAAUCCAAUAAAUUAUUUAACUAAUUAAAAAUAGGUACGAAGCAUUUGAGCUGUGGCUGAGGAAGUGGUAUAAAAGUGCAUCUCUUAGGAAUGAAGCACUUUUCAUUAGGAUGGACUCGUGUCUGAUUAGAAUGUCAGUUGAUCAGCUAGAUUUGUGUCCACACUACCAGUUUCAUACUCCCUUUCCAUCUGUUUGAUACAGUAUUAUAGAUAUAAAUAUAUAUAUAUAUUUCUCUGUGGCCAUUUGUGAUACUUCCUCAUAUACUUGAAUAUUAUACUUCCUUAUUCACAGUAUCUGUGUCUCCUGCACCCUUUGGUGUUGCAAUUUUAGGUAUGUGAAAGUAGAUGUUAGCAGGGUUCUUUCCCUAUUUAAAAAAAAAAAUACAUUAAAAAAGAACAAAAAGUUUUAGCAUGAAGUUGCUUCCUGUAACAACUCAGAGCUGUAACCCUGUUUUAGUGCCAGAUACAAGUCUCUCCCGUGAUGCUAGGAAAAUUUAUUUUUCUUUGCUUUCACCAAUAUGGAGUUUGUGGGGGUGGGUCCAGUUAUACAUUAAAAGGGUUUACAGAUUGUUGGUUUAAGAUUUUGGAUUUAUCUCAUUUUGAAUCAUGGAAUAGUUUAGGGUUUAUUCCUGUAAUCAUUCAAGAAACAGACUUCUUAAAAUUUCUCUUUCUUUUUUUUUUUUUUUUUUCCAUUUGCUAAAGUUGAAACUAACGCAGGGAGUCCAUUGGGACAUGUUGUUCCACCCUUCAAAACAGUGCCCGCUAAUGAAAUGAUCUGAUAGGAAAUAUUCGGCUUCCUUACCCAAAGUAAAGAUCACCUGAUCAGAAAGGACAAGUACAAUAUUUUGAGAAGCUAUAGCUACUAAACAUUUGAGAUUCAGAUCUCCAAAUCAGUUUCUCUCAGGAUUCCAACAUUGCUCUCUGUAAAGGAACACUGUAUGAUUUAGUACAACUUCUCAAUAGGUAGCACUGGUCUGACUUAAUCUACAGUCUGGGAAAUCACAAAUUAAUUAAUUCUUCUCAUAAAUCAUUCAUCUUAGACUUGUGAAUAAGCAAUCAGUUACCAGUCUGGGUGGAUAUUUUUUAGUAUUUUAUCUGUUCUUUUUCUUGCUCAGGGCUGGUAGGUUGGAUCUGGACAGUUAAAGGCAAAUGGUCUGAUAGGUGUUUGAUCCCCAUGAGCCAAAUCAAUUCCUGACUAUGUAGGCAGAAAUGAUGAGCAUGGAUGAGGCAAUGAGGAAGUAUCAUAGCGUCUAAGAAGACAGCCAAGGGAUGCAAAGAUAGAGAAACACGGGUGCCAUUUUAUGAUCCACUGGAUAUUGCAACCAACAUGACUUCCACCAAAAAAAAAAAAAAAAAAAAAUUCUCGGAGCAAAAACAUAGCAUUCAUUCUCAACUAAGAGGUUUUACAUGGGCAAACAUGUCUGAAAAUAUUUAUAAAUCAAUUAUUUUAUACAGCAGUCAAAAAGUUAGAAACUGAGUAUGACUAUGGAUGUGUCUGUUUUCUGCCUAAGAAUUGCUGUGAUGUGGAUUUGACCAAUCUAAGCAUUUUAUUCAUCAGCUUCCCUGGAAAUGCACCAGGAAAUAGGAGAAGAAAGAGUAGUUGUGUGGAGACCUGUGGUAUUUUCUUACAUGUUUGAUAGUGUUAGAUAGUGAUUAAAGUUCUCUAGAAAGAAGUUAACAGCUGGUUAGAACAGUUUUAACCUACAAAAUAAGUAUUUUUUACCAACCUGGUUUAAAUUUUUAUAAAUGUUAAGAAUAAGUAAUUAUGUUACACAUUUUAGAAUUCCAUUUCUUACAAAUACAUGCCCCAAAACAGUUUAUAUAAAGCAUUAAGAUAUUAGAUCUGGCAUUAAAACAAAUGUUUAUUUCAAAUCACAGCAAAAUUAUAAUGAAUAAAUGCCCUUCCUCUGUAUGGAAAUGUGAUUCUUUAUAAUGUUAACAAAAAGAAACUGAUCAUUUGUACCGAUAAGAAGAGAGAAACACACAGGUUAAAUGUCUUCUUAUGGGGAUAGGGAGUGGAACCUAUCUUGCCUUCACUCAAGAUUAACGACACAAAUUAAGCUUUUUGAACACCACUCUUGUGGGGAUACCCAUACGCUGAUCUAGAAAUUAAAGCUUCAUAGUUCCAAUUCUAGAUCUAUUACUGCCAGUUUCUCUCUGGCUUUAGCCUUUGAGAACCUGUUUAAAGAUACAUAAGUAAUCCAGAGCUGUGAAGAGUUAAAAGGCCAGCUUCUCCAAUGAACUCACUCUCUCUGGGUCACCUGCAACCAAUAAUUGGGUAUCUUAUAAUGACGCAGGAAAGAUCCGAGUUCAUGAUGAGUUUCAGAGGCCCUGUUCAUUUAGGAACCAACUCUCUCUGGAUUCUCCUGCUGAGUUCCAGCAGGGUGAUAGGCUGAAAUCCCACCCACAAGCAAGACACCUGUGUAACACCAACUAGGUAUGGCUGAAGAAGGCUGAAGAGAGAAUUUCACUAAAUAGAAGAAUCUGCUGGCGAUAGCUGGCCUUCUCCACACAUUCAUAAAGUGAAACAGCAGGAAAUAGGAUCAUCAGCCAAAAUAUAACAUCAAAAAAAUAAUCUCAGUGCGGUUGAUUCUGACAUUGCUACAAUUACUUUUUGUCCUAUUUUUCAUGCCACAAAAAUGAGGAAAACAAACUAAGUAGCCAAAAAGAAAAAAAAUAGAUUCAUGGCUUGGAAAGGCAAAUUCUAGGCAUUCCUUCCAAAACUGAUGUGCUAAAAUCAGCACUGAUGUUUGUUUUUUUACACCUAGGAUUUUUAGCCUGGGUGUGUAGGUUGAGGCCAAGUCCCUCUGCAGGAAAGAACUUAUUUUUAAACUCAGAAAAUGUCAAUCAUGAAAAUCGACUUCAACUUUAGCAAAAAGAAAAAAAAUCAACAAAAAGUAUACUCUGUAUGCUGGGAUUCCAAGGUUCCAACGUGCCGCUACAAAUCUCUGGGGGGUUUCUUUCUUCUGAUAAUUCUAGAGCCUGUUACCAUAGAAAGGCAUUUCUUCAAUGGCUGGUUGUAGUUAGUUCAUGUUUUUCAAUCAAAAUUUGCAAAUGUAUUUGUUGCUGUAUAGUGAUUGUUUUGCAAAAUAAAAUUGCUUGUCACCUAA